AGAAAACGGUGACUGGGUGGAUAGUGGUGGUCGCGCUGCGAAAUCUAUAGGAUCGUGUUCUUCAAACCUUUCUUGAAACGACUCUGAUUUAGCUUCAGCAUCACCCCCGACGACCCAUUUACAUGUUUCUUAACAAUACCCAGAGCUGAGUGUCUCCUGAGUGUCUGUGAAGAAGUGGCGACGCAGUGAGAAGUCUAUCGCAAUUACUCUUACUCGAAGAACCUUGCUGCAGAGAAAAACGGUGUACUGGUGCGUUGUGGUGCGUCUGUCUGACAUUGCAGCAGCAGGCGAAGACGGAGCAACAUAGCAGGGGAUAUUGGCUUAACUUCGUGUCUUCUUAUCGCAUCUCGAAAAACUACAGAAGGCCAACGUGUGUAUUGUGCUGUGUAUAUCUAUCUCGCACUGCUGCAGAAGGGGAAGACGAAGGUGCAAGAGAGUAUUAGCUUUCCUACUUGCCUUCUGAAGACGACGACUUGGUGCUGAUGUUGGCGCUGGUUACGGUGGUACUGCUGAGUGACGUGGACGAGGACUGUGGCAAGAAAAUAAAUAUUUUAGUCAAUUGAAAAGACCCACCUGUCAAAAAAGGAACAAAGUGUGUGUGCUGUUGAGCGAAAACUUGACUGUCACGGAGGAAGUAUAAAAAGAAAAGAAAACUAGAGGAGACAAGAAAGAAGAAAAUGUCACGGUGGAGAAAAUGUUGAGUUGAGGUUAAUUAAGUAAUUAACGAAACAAGUGCAAAAUAAUAAAAAAAAGAUAGGACAUGGAAAAUGAAAUAAGAUAAGACAAAAAAAAGAAGGGAAAACGUUUUGCCGAUAUAGAAAGAAAAAAAAUUGCCAAAUGAGGAAACGAAAAGCCUGUAAAACUAAGAAAUGAAGUCGUGAACAAACAAUCAUCUAACAGGAAGCAAGUUAGAAGAAAGAAGAGAGAGAAAAGAAGAGAGGAAAGUGAAAAACACCGAAUCAUCUACGGUGGGAAGAAAAGAACAAAGGAAAAAUUCAGUACUUCUGGUCAAGAAAUCAUCUAGAUAAAAAAGAAAGAAAUAAUAAGUGAUCUGGUGAACGAGGAGUCAUCUACUGAAAAAAAUAAUAAAAUGCGUUGGUCAAGGCGUCUCGAAAUGCAGGACACCAAUCACUUCCUAAAGGCGGCGUUGCAGGUGGGGCCGUGGCGCGUCACCCGCCGCGUACUGUUGUUCGUGGUGGUGUUCUGCCUCGUCAUCAUCGUCUUCGGCAGCCUCAUCCUAAAGACGCACGCCUUCGACGGCCGCGACGACGAUGAUUGGGACGACGACGAUGAUGACGACGACGACGAGCGGCCCUUGAGCAGCGGUGACUCCCUUAUGCUGGUCCUCAUGGGCCUGGCGGGUGAGUGGCAAGCAGCAGAUAUGCUGACCUCUUUUAUGCUAACUGUUUUUGUUUGAUUUCACAUAUGCAUGUGCGUGAUCU